GACGAGGCACGAGGACGUUGCCGAGAGAAAACACGAAGGCCGCCUGGUUUUCACUUGGCGGAGGCGUCUGCCUGCCUGGAAAUCCGUCGAGCGUUGCGGGCGCAGCAGUUGAAAAGCGUACGCCGUGAGCGACAGACACGCCGCAGUCGAUCCGUUCGAGUCCGCUCCACUCCGUUCUGUUCCGCCUCGAUCCGUAACCCCGCCCGUGGAUCGAUCCUCCGGACGGAUAAAUCACAGCCGGCGGAGUUCUCUUAGCCAAAACCCAAAAAGGUGACCCAGUAGGUCGGCUUGACCGGAGUUAAACGUGCCCCACCGUGAGUGUGCGUGCGUGUGUGUGUGUGGAGAAAGUGGCGAGAGGCAGUACGUGCCGCCAUCAGAAUUUUUGCGAGUGUGCCGGGUAACGUGAGACGGGAAAUUCAGACGAAAACAACCUGAAAUCCAUUUGCCGCAAUUUGAGGAACCAGAACCAGAACCAGCGACAACGACAUGUGUAAACGCUAACGAGCCUGAAAGCGCGAACAUUUUGAUUGAUUUUGAUUGACAUGCCACUCAGCGCAUGCCACCCACUACGAAAAAGUGACUGAAAAUAACAAGGAGAGAGCGGGGGGGCAUAAAAUAAACGAAAAACUUGAGUAACAAUAGCCACCAACACAAGCCACCACAAAUAUUCACUAAAACUCAAACAAAGAGCAAACAAAUAUUGAAACGUUUCAAGCACUUUCGGGUCUAAAAAAUAAUUGCCUCAAGGGCUGUCAGCGAAAGUGCCAACAAAACUGGGAAAAAUACCCGCCCAACACAGGCCCAGAAACAAAAUGCAAUCAAAUCAAGGCCCAUAAAAACCGCACAAAACAAGCUCGCAUAAAGCUCGCAAAAAAUCAUACAAAAUAAUAAUAAAAAUCCACAGCAUCAGGCGGCUAAUCAACUACAACAAAAUAACCAAAAAAAAAUAUAUACAUAUAUCUAAAAAAAAAAACGCUGAGCUGGGCAACUGGUUUUUUCGGCAUCUCAGUCAGAUUUCCCACUCCCCUUUUGCUGUGUCAGUGUGUAGUGGUGUCUUUUAUUUGUAUACAUAUUGUAUUAUAUGUAUUUGUGUGCCGCCUGCGUAUGAAAAAAGGAUAAAAUAUGCCGGCAUUGAUUUUCUUCUGCGACAACAACAACAGCAUCAGCAUCAUCAGCUAAACAGCAACUGCCGUAAUAAGAAACGAGAAAAGUUGCAGGAAUCGAGGGUAAACUUUUUCGGACAUUUUCGGUUACUUUUUGGACAACUAAGCUGCCGGUGAUUAAAACGAUAAUAAGCUCCGCAAAAUACUGGGAAAGCACUUAAAAGAAGGCGGCAUUUAACGACACACAAAACAACUUCGACAAGAACUGGCGGCAAAUGCAUUACAUUAUAAUUUCAUUAAGGACAAAAGGUUUUUUCUGAAACAACGUUGCCACGAGAUAAAAAAGGGAGAAAGGAGAGCGGAGAAAGGAGAAAGGAGAGCGGAGAAGGGAGAACGGAGAAAGUGAGAAAGCCGCAAGAGGCGACAAUAGCCCCCGAGCCCAUUGGCAUUGCCUACUUGUGGGCGCUGUCAAGCGAAAAUCAAGAGCCAGGCAUUUUUAUGAAAUUAAUACAAAGGCGGCUGAAGGAGUAGAAGUGGAAGCGGAAGUGGCAGCGGCAGCGGUAGCGGCAGCGGAAGUGACAGUGGCAGCCAUGACAAAAGCCCCGGCGACAGGACAAUGAUGGGCGGCCCUCCGACAGCGAUUAAAGUGGGAAAGGCGUUGCUUUUAUGGCCCGACACAGCUCGAGUAGACGUGACCGCGUCCGAUCGGCUAAUAAUAUUUGCCAGCGCCACAAACUGCGCUGCAUAAUCUGACAUGCAGAUGCCAACGUGAGCCAGCUGUCGAAAAUCAUAACUUGAGCGUUAGAGUUAGAGGAGAGAAAGAAAGAUAUAUAGAGAAGUUCCCAAGCACUAAAAGGCAGUGGCACAAUGAGGAGUCUGCAGUUUCUGGUACCCCUUUUGGCAGUCUUGGCCCUGAGUUGGGCCUGUCCGCCCGAGGUGUGUGUGUGCAAGUGGAAGGGCGGCAAGCAGACGGUGGAGUGCGGCGGCCAGCAGCUGGCCAACCUGCCCGAGGGCAUGGAUCCGGGCACCCAGGUGCUCAACUUCAGCGGCAACGCGCUGCAGGUGCUGCAGUCGGAGCGCUUCCUUCGCAUGGACCUGCUCAACCUGCAGAAGAUCUACCUGUCGCGCAACCAGCUGAUCCGCAUCCACGAGAAGGCCUUCCGGGGGCUGACGAACCUGGUGGAGCUGGACCUCAGCGAGAAUGCGCUGCAGCAUGUGCCCAGCGAGACGUUCCAGGACUACAGCUCUCUGAUGCGCCUCUCGCUGAGCGGCAAUCCGAUACGGGAGCUGAAAACGUCCGCCUUCCGCCAUUUGGCCUUCCUCACCACCCUCGAGCUGUCCAACUGCCAGGUGGAGCGCAUCGAGAACGAGGCCUUUGUGGGCAUGGACAACCUGGAGUGGCUGCGGCUGGACGGCAACCGCAUUGGCUUCAUCCAGGGGCCGCACAUCCUGCCCAAGUCGCUGCACGGUAUCAGUCUGCACAGCAACCGCUGGACCUGCGACUGCCGCCUGCUGGACAUCCACGCCUGGCUGGUCAACUACAACACGCCGCUGGCGGAGGAGCCCAAGUGCAUGGAGCCGGCGCGACUCAAGGGCCAGGUGAUCAAGGGGCUGCAGCGCGAGCAGCUGGCCUGCCUGCCCGAGGUGAGUCCGCAGUCCAGCUACACGGAGGUCAGCGAGGGGCGCAACAUGUCCAUCACCUGCCUGGUGCGGGCCAUACCGGAGCCCAAGGUGCUCUGGCUGUUCAACGGUCAGGUGAUGAGCAACGACAGCCUGGUGGACAACCUGCACAUGUACUACUACAUCGACGAGACCAUCGGUGGCAGUGGCGCCGAGGAAAAGCGCAGCGAGAUCUUCAUCUACAAUGUAGGUGCCGAGGACAACGGCACCUUCUCGUGCGUCGGACAGAAUAUAGCGGGCACCACGUUCAGCAACUACACCCUGCGGGUGAUCGUCAAGGAGCCGCCGGUCGUCAACGAGGUCUCCUUUCCCAGGGACUACAUGAACUACAUUGUGGCCAGCAGUGCCGGCGGCGGCAUCAUCUUCGUGGUGCUGCUCUGCACCAUUGUCGUGAAGUGCAAGCGCGUCUCGGAGCCGGCCAAGCAGCGCAAGAAGUGCGACCAGGUGACGAGCAUAGCCGGCGGCACGGACUCCUCCGCCGGAAGUGGCCAGGACACGGGCAUGGGCAUGAUGAAGUGCGCCUCCAUUCUGAACGAUGGCGGAGAUAGUUUGAGCGGCAAUGCCGGACUCCUCAUGGGCGACACACUGACGCCCACCAAGGCGGUGAAUGGAGCAGCUGGCGGAGGGGGUGGCAUCAUCCUAGGGAACCAGAUGAAGCAGAACCUGCUGCUCUACGCCACGCCCAAUCCCGCCCAGCAGCACCAGCAGCACCAGCAGCAGCAGCAGCUUCAGCUAAAUGUUAACCUGAUGGGCCCGGGACCGGGCUCACCGCCCCUGCUCCUCAGCAAUGGCCAUGGCCUGGCGGCGGCCUACUGCUCGCCACCCGCCUCCCUGCGCAACUACCAGGAGAAGAACCCCGACUUGGUCAACGACGCGGAGAGUGUGAAGCACAAGCUCAAGACGGCGGUGAGUCUGGACGGAGCCGGGGAGUACGAGACGCAGAGCGAUUGUGGCCAGUACGAGGGCUGCUAUCAGCUGGCCGCCGCCCCACAUCCGCACCAGGGGCAUCAGGGUCACCAGCAUCCACAUCCGGGCCACCCGCUGAUGGGCCGCUUUGCCCAGGCCAUGACCACCUUGCCGCGCGGCAUGCAACUGAAGCCAGCCCCCCACCAGGUGGACGUGCACCUGAACCCAGUCUGCUUUCUGGGCCAGGAUGGAUCCUUUGCCUACGACUACAGCAGUGCCCACCUGGUGCAGCAGCCCCCACAGCAACAGCAGCAGGUGCAGCCUGCCACCAACUUCUAUCGCACGCUGCCACACAACAGGUUGCACAAGCAGCAGCAAUUCCAGGCGGCGGCAGCGGCAGGCCAACACGUGGGUGGUGGCAAUCCCACCCUGCGCUACAGCCUUGAGGCGGAGUUCAUCCAGAGGGGGCCCACGGUGAGCUACGAGAAGUACCAGAUGCCCAAUGUCCGCUUCACGGCGGAGGGCUAUCCACAGCAGCAACAGCAACAGCAGCAGCAGCAGCAGCAGCAGCAGCAACAGUUGCAGCUGCAGCAGCAACAUCAGUUCCCCUCGCCGCCAGAGGGCUACAAGAGCGAUCUGGCGGUGAUGCCGGCGCCGUUUCAGCAGUGGCCCAGCUGCCUGCCCGGCUACCGCUUUGCCCAGUCGCCCACCGGUCAGCCAGCGGUGGCCACGCCCCCGCCCCCGCCCACAGGGGCCCCACCGCCGGCUGCCAACGUCAGCAGCAGCACAUCCACCAUCCCCGAGCUGGACGAAAGCGAGGCGAGUUCGCCGCGCGUCGAGGAGGCAGCCUGCUCGACAACAUCGCCACCUGGCGGCGGGGAGGAGAACAACCCGGACAGCGGGAAGCUCAAGCAGCUGAAUGGUCCGCUGGCCGACAGUCCCGACGAGGGCUACGUGGGCGACGGCCAGGAGACCAGCGACAUCUGACCCAGCCAGCAGUCGAGCAGCCAGGACGAAGCGGCCUUAGACGAUUCAGUGGCUUUGUAAACGGCCAGGCUGAUCAGCACAAACCACUCAUAGCCUAGGUUCACUCUUCACAUGCUUCCGUCCCCUGAUUUCACAUACUGUUCCCCUUCUUUCCGCCCCUUCUGUUGGCCUGCCCGCAAAGAAACCGGCAAGCAAACAUAAGGCAGACCCAAGUUUAACCCAAUAAUUGGCAGGAGAGAGCUCGAGUUGCGGGUCCGAAAAGAAGAAGGGCCAGAAAACCAAAUAAAAGGCGCAAGGCAACUUUGCACACAGCCGAAUGGGAAAUACACCAGUUGGGACUUUGAUAUCUUUUUAAAUUUCUAUACUUAUUUUAUUUUCAAAAUCAAAGUCCAAUAGCUUCUGUUAUUAAAAACACUUGUAAUUUUGAUAGUUACAAAUUUAAUACCGUGUUUAUAUAAAUUGAGGUUGUUUUUUUUUUUUUUGAAGUUUGCAAGCACCUUUUCAACACUUUUCCGCAGGACUCCUUGCGUUCAGGGUAUUUGGCAGCACAAUAGGCGGGGACCUAACCUAAUAAAGCCGAAAAACAAAGACGCCGCUAAACAAAAGCCUCUUGUCGUUGUUUGUUUCUGUUUGCUGCGUGCUUCGAGUGGCAAGCUGGCAGCAUUUUAUUUCCGCAGAUGUAAUUGAAAAACUUUUUCAUUUAAUAUAAAGUUUUCAGCAGCUUCCCCGCAGCACAAUGGCCCAGAGAGAAAGAAAGAAAGAAGAAAGCGAAUCAUGCUGUAUGGGGAGGGGGAGGGGGGGUGGUUUUUAGGCUUGAAGAAAUCCCAGGCCUACGACUAGACAUGUGUGGGUCCCAGUGUUUCUGCCGAUUGAGUUGUCGUGCUCUCGCAGGCGUUGUUAGUUGACAAUCGACGGAGAAGAGGGAGGGUGGCCCACCGCCCAACCCUUUGCAUCCACUUCACAGGGUUCCAAACCGGUGGCUCACUUCAGAGCCAAGUGGCAUGUGUUUUCGCCAUGGCGACACCUGCUCCUCGCGACACAAAGGACUCUGGAGUCCGGACUCCAAACUCAAGGACCUUUCAUAGCAAAGGACCAAGUUGAGAAUUCCGGCCGAAAAUCGCGAGUGGCAUUAAGGGCUUCCCAUUUGUAGUGUGCUCUAGUUUAUGAAAUUUUAAUUCGGGCCACAUCCGCUCCAGUGUUGUAUUUGAAUAAUUUAUUGCAUUCAAGCAAUCCUUUUUCGCCCAUUUGAUUCUCCCGCCUUAAGUUUGUUGUAUCGAAUCGAACAGACGACAUGAACACAAGUGUUUCCGGGUAACAUUAAAGUAGAUAUCGUAAAUUAGAGCGGCUAGCAUUGUAAGAAACUAACUAAAUAUAGGCUAACCCCAACCGUUUGAGACUUGUAUGUAAAUGUAGUUAUAGAAAUCGUUAAAACGGAGCCCAAGCUUGCCCUUUUAACGUGAAUGUUCUGUAAGGUGUUCAAGACUUUGUAACAUAAAUUAAAAUGAAAUCGAGAGCAGAUGAGUUUGCAAAAUGCUUGCAAAGUGUUUUGAAGAAUGUAAAAAACAAAAAACAAACAAAGAGCAAUGGGAAAAAUGCAUGUGAGGAAGCGAGGACAGAAGCAAUCAUUUAAGCACAGUAUGGAAUAUUGUAAAUUGCAUAAAUAAAUCAUUAGACCUAAGAACAAUGCAAACACUAACACCUGCAGACACACUCACACACCCUCACACACUCGUACUCGGAAUGAUUUGUGUAUGAAGCAAACGAUUAAGUUUUAUGUUCACCAAGUGAGUUAGUUGGCAAGAUGCACCUAAAGGAAUAUAGCAGCAGAAACUAAAUUAACAAAGCAAAAAUACCACACAAAACAAUUUUAGCCUAGCAAACUGUUUAAAUCUCAGCCCAAAAACACAGACACACUCAACGGUGUAUUAAACAAAAGAACUGCCUGCUGGCAAAUUAAUUUUAAAUAUUAUAUGGCAUACACUACAAUAUAAAGAGAAUGUUUAGCAUUAAGUUAAUGGUUAGGCCAGGCAGAACAUAUACGCAUAAAUCGAAUAUAAAGGGCCAUAAGCGGUCGCAAAACAUUUAACGGAUGGCAGAGUGGUAUGAUGUCUGAAGAAGGACAAUGGGAAGACACACAAUCUAGUUAUAAAUUAGUUUUCUAAGUUAAAUUAAAAUUAAAAUGCAUAAAGAUAAUAACAACAGAAGCAAAGUGUAAAAAGGAUAAGAGAGAAAUUAAACCGAAUAAAACGCAUUAAACUGAAGAAUUUAAUAAAAACUAAA